AUGUUGACAAUUAUUUUUCUAUUGAUCGGAUAUACGAUUCACCUUAUAAUUGAUAUACGCGAUGACGUUCCGAUACUGAAAACAGAGUCGAGAACGGACGACAGUCUUAGAUUUCCAACGGUAACAUUAGAGUUUGACUAUAACUUUACGAUUUUCUGUGCACUCGCCUACAAUAAUUCAACAGUCACACCCGAUUGCUUAAAUUAUGUCUCACAGCCUACCUUUGACUCAAGUUCUAACAAAUACAGGGGAAAGUUCGUUCCUUCACUCGAUUUAAAAGCAGAAGGUCCACUCCAUUCAACUGGGUUACUUUCAAUUGGGCUAAUGUUUCUCGUACUUGAUAGAAGAUACGACAGCAGCAGCGCCAACAUGAGUGUGAUUGAAGCAGUAAUAGAUUAUUCGGAUGAUUCAUAUGAUGAACUCCGUCGUACAGUCAAAAAGAUCGACCCAGAAUUCAUCGAUUCUCUAAUUGUGUCGUCUGUACAUACUCUAUUUAAUAGACAAAUUUAUAUGGUGUCAUACACUCAAAGUGAAAGACACAUUAUGAAAAAAAAUUCACUGUCUGUUUUUGGUAUCCCGUCUCCUAUACUGCGUGUACCUUACAUUACUGCUGCGUUAG